AUGCCUGGGAUUGACACGGGCUGCACAGGGCUAUGGUGGGCCGUGGUGGGCCUAGUGUGCGGAGCAGCAGGAGGAGGACAGGGAGACAAAAGCAGAGGCGGGACUGUGGUCACAUGUGUGUUUGUGAAUGCGCUGCCAAACGGGCAUUAUAGGUUGGUGUCCAGGAUGGCGGCGAAGGAGCAGCAGAUCACGGAGGAGAAGCCUUUGCUGCCGGAGCAGAGAGGAGCGGACGUGGACAUGACAGAAAAAGGAGAGGAUGCGUCAGGGGGCCAAGCCAGUCCCAGUCCUGCACCCCUUAACCCCCCUGCCCCCAGCCGCCCCACUCACCGCUGGCAUGCCAUCGCGCGGCACUGGCUCCGCCAGACCCGCAAUCGGACCAGCGGGCCCACCUUGGAGCCUUGUGAACAGCUGAUGCCACCUGGAGACUGGAAGGAGCACGAUGUGGAGACCCCUUAUGGGAUGCUGCAUGUGGUGAUCCGCGGCGCGCCCAAAGGGAACAAGCCCGCCAUCCUCACCUACCACGAUGUGGGGCUGAACCACAAACUGUGCUUCAACACCUUCUUCAACAAUGAGGACAUGCAGGAGAUCACCAAGCACUUCGUGGUGUGCCACAUCGAUGCCCCCGGACAGCAAGUCGGAGCCUCAGCAUUUCCACAGGGAUACCAGUACCCCACCAUGGACCAACUGGCCGGGAUGCUGCCCACUGUUGUCCAGCACUUUGGAUUUAAAAGCAUUGUUGGAAUUGGCGUUGGCGCUGGAGCCUAUGUCUUGGCCAAAUUUGCCCUGAUCUUCCCUGACCAGGUCGAGGGGUUAGUCUUGCUCAACAUAGACCCUAAUGGCAAAGGAUGGAUCGACUGGGCGGCCUCCAAACUGUCGGGUCUGACCAGCUCCCUGCCAGACACCGUCCUGCCGCAUCUGUUCAGCCAGGAGGAACUUGUGAGCAACACAGAUAUUGUGCAGAGCUACAGACAACAGAUCAACAACAACAUCAACCAGUUUAACCUGCAUCUCUUCUGGAACAUGUACAACAGCCGGAGGGAUCUGGACAUGAACCGUGGGGCUCUCAACUCCAAGACGCUUAAGUGUCCAGUGAUGCUGGUGGUGGGAGAUAAUGCUCCUGCUGAGGAAGGAGUGGUUGAGUGUAACUCCAAACUGGAUCCCACCAACACCACUUUCCUCAAGAUGGCUGACUCUGGUGGACUCCCCCAGAUUACACAGCCUGCAAAGUUGACUGAAGCCUUCAAGUACUUCCUUCAGGGAAUGGGCUACAUCGCUUAUGUGAAGGAUCGGAGGUUGAGUGGAGGGCCAGUGCCCUCUGCCAGUAUGACCCGCCUGGCCCGCUCCCGGACAGCAUCUCUGACCAGUGCCGGCUCCACAGAGGGGGCUCGCUCACGGGCCUGCACCCACUCCGACAGCACCGAGGGAGUGGCCACGGUCACCCAGACCAUGGAGGUGUCCUGCUGA